CCAAGCUUUUCCCGAUGCGCAUCCAUCAAACCCUACUCGAGUACUCAUGAGAUCGUGCAUAUUACCCAAAUGCCAGUAGCGGCUGUUAAUACCUUCUUCAAAAUAUACAACUGAAUUGCAGUGGAUCGCAAAUCAUGGCCGAGGCGUCGACGGAUUCUCUCAAUAGAGUGCUGACAAAUGUUCGCUUCUCUGAGCUGAAACCACCACUGUCACCUCCCGUUCUCGAUGCUCUAACGGGAGCUGGUUUUCACUUCUGCACACCAGUUCAGGCUGCCACAAUCCCGUUAUUGUGCAGUUUUAAGGAUGUCGCCGUCGAUGCCGCUACUGGUUCAGGAAAAACCCUAGCUUUCGUGGUUCCUCUUAUCGAGAUCCUCCGACGAUCUUCAGAGACUCCGAAACCUCAUCAGGUCAUGGGGGUAAUUAUUUCUCCUACAAGAGAGUUGUCAUCACAAAUAUAUCAUGUUGCAGAGCCUUUCAUUUCGACAUUAGUGAAUGUUAAGCCUAUGCUUCUUGUGGGGGGUUUAGAUAUAAAGGCGGACAUGAAGAAAAUAGUGGAGGAAGGAGCAAAUUUGUUGAUAGGCACACCUGGGAGGCUAUAUGAUAUCAUGGAGCGCAUGGGUGUUUUAGAUAUGCGGAAUCUUGAGAUUCUCAUCUUAGAUGAGGCCGAUAGACUCUUGGAUAUGGGGUUCCAAAAGCAGAUAAAUUCCAUUAUAUCUCGCUUACCAAAGCUUCGUAGAACUGGUCUUUUUUCAGCUACUCAAACUGAGGCUGUUGAAGAGCUUACAAAGGCAGGACUAAGAAAUCCUGUGAGGGUUGAAGUUCGUACAGAAGCCAAAGUAUUGGAUGAGUUGGCAUCCUCACAGCAACCAAGCUCUUCGAAAAUGCCCUUGGGCCUUCAUAAUGAGUAUUUGGAAUGUGAAGCUGAGAAGAAGCCAUCACAACUUGUUGAUUUCUUAGCAAAAAACAUGUCCAAAAAGAUCAUUGUUUAUUUCAUGACAUGUGCUUGUGUUGAUUACUGGGGAGCUGUCCUUCCAUGCCUUACUGUUCUUAAAGGUUGUCCUUUAGUUUCUCUUCAUGGGAGGAUGAAGCAGACUGCAAGGGAGAAAGCAUUAACAUCCUUUAGUGCCCUUUCAAAAGGAAUUCUUCUAUGUACCGAUGUAGCGGCACGGGGGCUUGAUAUUCCAGGGGUUGAUUGGAUUGUGCAGUAUGAUCCCCCUCAAGAUCCAAAUGUUUUCAUACACAGAGUUGGCCGAACUGCACGGAUGGGCAAAUCGGGAAGUGCCAUUGUUUUACUAUUGCCAAAGGAGGAAGCUUAUGUGGAGUUCCUGCGAAUCAGAGGGGUCCCUCUUGCAGAGAGAAAAUGUUCUGAUGAGGCUCUUGACAUUAUUCCUCAGAUAAGAUCUGCAGCAAGAAAGGAUCGUGAUGUCAUGGAAAAGGGAAUCAAAGCAUUUGUCUCAUACAUCCGUGCAUACAAGGAACAUCAUUGCUCCUAUAUUUUUAGGUGGAAAGACCUAGAGAUUGGGAAGUUGGCCAUGGGAUAUGGCUUGUUGCAGCUUCCUUCAAUGUCUGAGGUGAAGCAUCACUCACUCUCUGUUGAUGGUUUUACUCCAGUUGAUGAUAUCAAUGUGGCAGAGAUCAAGUACAAGGAUAAGCUUCGUGAGAAACAAAGACAGAAGAACUUGAAGGCAAAGAAGACAUUAGAGCAUCAAGAGGAAAAACCCCAAAAGCCCAAAUCAAAUGUAAAUGCUCCAGCUAAAGUUACGAGAAAGAAAACUGCUAGGCAGCGGCGGGCUGCCCAGACUGUUGAAGAUGAGGAAGAGUUGGACCGGGAUUACCGCUUACUGAAAAAACUGAAGAAAGGGGCUAUUGAUGAAAGUCAAUUUGCAAAGCUUACAGGAACUGAAGAAUUGCUUUGAAGGGCGUCGCUUACAAAUUGUGUAGUAAACCCUAUUCUGAGGACUCUGUAACACUGGAGGCAGGACGGGAGAACAAAAAAGCAUAUCAAAGAAAUAUAGACAGGAAACAUGGCUUGAGGUAACAGUUUGGGAGAAGAGCGCGGCAGAGAAGUAUAGAUGGGCAAGCAAAUUGUAUAUGGGCCUUUUCUAUGCAGCGAAGAAAAGAAGAAAAUGUUUUUUUCUUGUAAAUUAUUACUUGCACAUUGAAGAUUCAUUUUGGAGCAAGAUGUGAGAAAGAAAAGCAUCUUUAUUUAACAGUGUUCAACCGAAGAAAUUAAUGCCUGUCGUUUAUUUGAUGGUUCUUAAAAA